AUGUCGACAUUAACCAAGCCUGCGUUAAAAUUUCAACCUCCAGAUUGGUUCACUAACUCUUUCGCUAUAAGUGCUAACUCUCAGCGCCAAAGAGAGGCUUCAGAACUGAUACGUCAAGAAACACGCUCUCUUCGUCUUGCUGCUGCUCUGAGAACCAAAUGGGACGAAUUUAAUAAUACCACAAGGCUUGCAGACCGUAUAGAUGCAAUUAAAGACUUGAGAGACAUUUUGGAAUUGGCUCAAUCACGAAUAGAUUUAGAAAUAUCUAUGGUCAACCUAGCUAAAGAUGCAGUUGAAGAGCAGAUGAGAAAUAUAAUAACACCUAAAGAAUGUGUUACAGAAUGUUUAACGCUGAGAGACAGGCGGAAAAGAAUAGAUUAUGUUGAAGAUGCACCAGAAGCUCAGCUUAAAAAAGAUAAACAUGCUGCUAUGGACAUUGAUAUUCAACAGUACAAGUUAACGCCUACAUGUCCUGGUGUUUCAUUCAAGCCUAAUGCAACACGCAUCCCUCAGGGAACAACUACACCACAACAAUGGGAAGAAUUUACAAGAUAUAACUGGCAAAGAGCUCAAGCUGAAAUUCAUGCUGGACAAAGAUUACGUGAAGCAAUAUUUCAAACAUUAUGUCAAGUAUCUAACGAUUUAGAAGCUCAAGCACAAGCAACAGAAUUUUCAUUGAGGCAGAGAAAACAUGAUUUUGAACGGGCUCUGGAUGAAUUGAAAUGGCAAAAAAAACAGACGGAAGAUGAAAUGGCUGAAAUGGAGAAUGAUUUAGAUAAACUUGAGAAGACUAUUCGUGAAAUGAUACCAGCAGGGAAACUUGCACAAACGCGACUUGAAAGACGUACCUAUCGUCCAGGUGUUGAAUUAUGCCGUGAUGCUGUUCAAUACGGUUUGACAGAUGAAGUGAAACAAAUUGAAGUGACUAAUGAAGCCUUACUGGAAAAACAACGUCAAGCAAGACAUGCAUUAGAUGCAUUACAUAAACAAUUGAAUCGUAUCAAUGAUGAUAUUAGUUCAAAGGAGAAAAGUCUUAAGAUAGAAAAUGAUUGUUUAGAUCUACGUGAAAAAAGGAUGGAUCGUAGGAAACCAGAAAAAGAUUUUAACCCGAAUCAUAUAGAAUCUUAUAAAUCAACUGAAAAACUUGUCAAUAAACCACCAACAUUUAUAGAACGUCAUGUAGCAGAAAAACUUCUUGCCUAG